AUGACCUCCAGGACCCCUCUGUGGGUUACAGCCUGUUUGUAUUACUCUUACCGCAGCUUAAGACGCCUGCAGUGGGGAGUAAGGAAAAGGAAAAGACCAGCAUUUUCAACAUCCCCAGGUACCAGAAGCACAGAAGACUGACAGCAUUCCAGCUACCUGCGUGGGUCCAGGGCUGGCAGCUGCCCAUGUGUCCCUGCAGACAGGCUGUUCGUUAAGAUGAGGGAUCUUUUUCAGUAUGUCGCCUGCUUCUUUGCAUUUUUCUCUACUGGGUUCUUGGUUGUGGCCACCUGGACAGACUGUUGGAUGGUGAAUGCAGAUGACUCCCUGGAGGUGAGCACAAAAUGCCGAGGCCUCUGGUGGGAGUGUGUCACAAAUGCUUUUGAUGGGAUUCGCACCUGUGAUGAGUACGAUUCUAUACUUGCUGAACACCCCUUGAAGUUGGUGGUAACUCGGGCGCUGAUGAUUACUGCAGAUAUUUUAGCUGGAUUUGGAUUUAUUAUCCUGCUCCUUGGUCUUGACUGUGUGAAAUUCCUCCCUGAUGAGCCAUACAUCAAAGUCCGCAUCUGCUUUGUUGCUGGAACCACAUUACUUAUAGCAGGUGCCCCGGGAAUCAUUGGCUCUGUGUGGUAUGCUGUUGAUGUUUAUGUGGAACGUUCUUCUCUGGUUUUGCACAAUAUAUUUCUUGGCAUCCAAUAUAAAUUUGGUUGGUCCUGUUGGCUUGGAAUGGCUGGGUCUCUGGGAUGCUUCUUGGCUGGUGCUGUCCUCACAUGCUGCUUAUACCUCUUCAAAGAUGUUGGACCUGAGAGGAACUAUCCUUAUUCCAGGAGGAAAGGCUAUUCAACUACAGCUGUUUCCAUGGCCCAGUCAUAUGCAGCCCCUCGGACACAGACUGCCAAAAUGUAUGCUGUAGACACUAGGGUGUGA